UAAUUGACUAAAGUAGAAGAAAGCUAAAAUGAUGUAAUGGUAAAUGGAAGGAUGGAGGUUGGUUGAAGUGAAAGGAAGUUGAGCCGUUGAAACUGGAAAUGAUAACCUAAUUUAUCUCUGAAUCGCACGUUAUGGCCUAUGGUGCAUGAGGGCAUAGACUAAGUUCAGUUUGACGUCCCCGUGCAAAGCACCCACCCACCCACCUCCCCAACUCUCUAACAACGUUCCCACUUUCUGCAAUUCGGUUUCUUUGUCACCUCCCACCGCUCCUCAUAUUCUGAUGGAGGAGCGGUUGCGGCCUGCGCCGUCGUUGCCACCAGAAUCUCCUCCCGACAUAAAUUAUGAGAGUAGCAAACUCCAAUCACCAGGCAUCGAUUUGAAUACCUACGUUGUCCGAGUCCCGAAGGAUCAAGUCUACCGUUUUCCACCCCCCGAGAAUGCUCGCCUGGCGGAGCUGCAUCAACCCUGUCCUCCAAAACAGGCGAAAACGUCACGAUGCUGCUUGUGUUGCAUAGUAGUCUCCGUUGUCUUCUUGGUCCUUCUGAUUGUUCUGGGAGGCGUUUUAGGUGGACUUUUUUCCAUGUUACUCUCACCAAAAGACCCUAAGUUUUCGGUGGAAAGCUUUACGGUGGCAGAGACCAAAGACAAAUACAGCAUGAGUUUAAGAGUCCACAAUUCAAAUGCAGACCUGGGCAUUUCUUUUAAAAAUAAUAGCAGUGUGAGCCUCUCUUUAGAUGGGAAACAGAUUGCCAAAGGAGACUACACAGGUAUGCAUCUAGACCCUCUUGAUACGACAUCGUUUGGCGUUGCUUUGAAAGGAUCAAAAACUCCUAAGAAGGUGGAGGAAAGCGUUAAUAAUACCAAAAAGAAGGUGGCUGUUACAUUCUCCUUAGCCGUUCGCUCUCGAGCACGAAUGAAAAUGGGGUUGUUGAGCAGUGGGACAAUGACAUUCGACGUUUCCUGCAUGUUCAAGUUAGAUACGUUGGCAAAUUCCACUCGCAUUCUCUCUCAACAAUGCCAAACUAAACGAAACUAGGUAGCUCCCGCACCUGAGUAGAUCAUCCAGGUCUUUUCCUUCUCAAACUUUUUUCUUUUCGUUUAUCAAUACAUGGCCCUGUCGCCCCAGGACUAUGUGCAUAACUUCUAAAUACUUAUUA